CAGACGACAACGUUUGCUUCCCUGCCAAACGAAUUGUGUUGCGCAAUAUGAAACCAUAUCGAUCCAAGAAAGCAUGGUAAAUACGUACUCUAGCACAGUUCAAAACAGCUCUAACGUUAGCUCGCCUGGUGGUGCGGGGCAGGGGACGUCAUAUGGACUGGUCACUGGCACCUGAGGGGGAAGGAGGUCGUGCCUCGGCGGUGGGUGACUUCGCUCGAGUGAAUGCGCACGUCGCAGUGAGGCGCCUGCAUUGACACGCAAAGUGGUGGCGCUUGUGACGACGCUUGUUGAUUUAAAGGUGUCUCGUUUUCCCCAACUUUCAAACGACCUUUGGAGUAUUGCUCGAAAACCACGAGUCCCUGGCUAGAUCUUCUGCAACACCCCUCCAAAUUGACAAUCUGUGCCAGACGACCAAAAGUCUAUUCGAAAUUGCACCCGCCACCAUGGCUGCCCCUCCCGAGAAGACCCUUAAGAACCUCACGGGCAAGUACCAGCUGAACAAGGAACUCUCCGACUCGAUUGAGCCCGUCCUCGUCCUCCAGGGCAUUGGCUUUCUCAUCCGCAAGGCCAUAGGCGUCGCCUCCAUCAGCCUCGAAGUCAAUCAGUACGAGGCACCGCCCAGCCCGCCCGCGACAUCCACCGAUAUUGUCACUCACAUUGACAUUGAGCAAUCCGCCUCCGGCCUCAGCUCAACGCACGAGAAGCGAUGCCUCGACAACAUCUUCCGUGAACACAAGGACUGGCUCUUUGGCGAGGUGCAGGGCAAGACCAGGUGGGUCACCAUGGACGAGAUCACCGACGAGCACCUGAAGAAGGGCUGGGAGGAGGGCGGCGACGGCCAGUUUCUCCAGAGCUUUGUCGAGAGCAAGACCAACGGCUGGACGGCGGAGCAGAUCUGGGGCUUCCAGGUGGUAGACGGCAAGAGGCGAUACUGCCGCAACAUUGUCCUGCUCAAGGGUUCGGACAGGGCUGCCGUGCGGUUGGUCUAUGAUUACCUGGGUUAGACACGUACAUUUACACAUAUACAUAUACACACCCACAUAUAGGCAUGCGCACAUUCACAUACUAUUGCAAACAGAUAUACACAGACG